AUGGGUUUGCAUAUGUUGCUGCAGUCAUCGAAACAGUCAGCUUGCGCGAUCCUGCUAUUCAGCUUCAGUGCGGCCGUGCUGUUGGGCGCUCUGGAGGUGUUGUGGUUGACGGAGGUGCCAAGCAAUUCGGACUAUGCACUGCUGUUGGAGGAUUCACGACUGAACCGUUUCUCGAGGCACUGCUUGGCAGAUAUGGCAAUUGCUGAAGAGGCAGCAGACCAACACAGUGCGGACACGCUUCACAGCGCCAUAAUUUUGGCCAGUCAUGGAGAGACGAGCGCUUCCCACAAUUGGCCGCAAGAUCCGAGACCACCCUCAACAUGGGAUUGCCGCCCAACCGAUCUACCGCGACACUGGCAGCUAAACCGGCAGGUCCACUUCCAAGCAGCGGCUGAAAAUGGCAGUGCCCUAGACCGAUCAUUCGAGCCUGAGUUGCUCAGGCCUGAUCUUGCACGCGAUGCAGGCGAUGAGGACGAGCCGUGGGCCGGAAGAAGUUGUGCGCCAAACCAGCUGACAUCAGAUGGCUUCAAACAGGCCGUGCGUGUUGGAAGACAACUUGCUGGGCGCUACGGCGAAGCACUCCCACAAGCUGCACUGGACGUGUUAAGCGUGGAUACAAAGCCUUCCCUGGCAACCGCGGUUGGAAUCCUCUUGCCACUGCUUGCUGGACCUGCGUCAUUUUCAACUGUGGCUGAUGGUGCCACGGUGUCCAUCACAACACGUGCUGGCUCGGAGACUCUCGUACUCCUUGGAGGGCAGGCCGUAGCCGCACUAGAAGAUGCACAGUCUGGAAGCGACAUCUUGUCCAGAUGGUGCAACCAUGGUACUUUGCCCUGCGCUGCUGAUGCUUGCAUGACGCCGAAGGCAGCAGCAGAACUUGUUGCUGACGGCGAAGCCCGCCUGUGCCAAGCGCUGUCGUCUUCAUCGCUGCCUAUAGCCAGAUAUUUGGAGAAGGCGAAAAACAGACAUAGCGGCAGCUUCUCGAUCUUGAGUGUCUCUGGCAUUGACAUUACUGCAACCCUCGUGCAGCUGUUGGGACGCGAGGCGUGCGAAGACGUAUUGAUGGCGCGCCCGCCGUGGUCCUCGGUCUUGGUGUUAGAGCGCCGGCUGGCAAAUGGUACUCAGCCACUCUGGAAGGUGGUGUGGAAUGGUCUGGAUAUCACCCAGCGCUUAUCGUGCAACAAGCUAUCAGACGGCUGCGCGGAGCACGACAUACUAAAUAUUGCAAAAAAAAGCCUCGUGACUGCAUAUAGUCAGUCCUUUGCCAGCUCUCCAUCAUUUUUGUGA